AUGAAAAAAGAUAAGAGAACUGGCCAAUCGGAGUUAAGGAAUGAGGAGAGAAAACAGAUUGAGCAAAGCCCUGAUGGGGUUGGGGAGGAAAGGAAAAAGAAGAAACAUGACAAGAUUGUGAGAGGUGAAGAUACAGAGAAAAGAGAUGAGGGUAGGAAUAAGGCUAAGCAAGAGAUUGUGGAAGUUGAAAGGAACAUUAUUGAUGGUGUUGAAGGUGAAAGUGUGAAGAGAAAGGAUAAGAAGAAGAAAAAGAAGGAUGAGGGUGAGGAGGAUGGAGAAAAUAUUGGCAAAAAAGGAAAGAAAAAUAGCCAAUCGGAGGUGAGGAGUGAGCAGAGAGAACAGAUUGAGCGAAGCCCUGACAGUGGGGUUGGGGAGGAAAGGAAAAAGAAGAAACAGGAGAAGAUUGGGAGAGGUGAAGAUAGAGAGGAAAUAGAUAAGGCUAAGAAUAAUACUAAGCAAGAGAUUGUGGAAAUUAAAAGAGACAUGGAUGGAGUUGAAGGUGUCAAGAGUAAGGAUAAGAAGAAGAAGAGAAAAAAGAAUGAGGGUAGAGAUGAUGGAGACAAUGUUGGCAGCGAAAAAGGGAAGAAGAGGAAGAACAGGGAGGUUCAUGGUGAAGAGAGGUGA